AAAAUGUCGGUCCUAAUCGAGGGCGCCCCCUGCACCAUGGAAGUGGACUCGGGUUCCUCCAUCUCCAUCAUUUCGGAGGAAACCCUCAAGAAACUAUGCCCCCACCGCCGCCUUCAAACGAGGCCAGCGGACUUCGUACUGAGGGACUUUCAGAAGAACCCAGUACACAUCGUGGGGUGGGCCCGGGUGCAUGUGGAAAGAAGGGGUUUCAGAGGGCCCCUGGACAUCCUAGUGGUCAAGCGCCAACUGACCACACUUCUAGGGUUGGCUUGGUUCAAUCCCCUGGGGAUCCAGCUGGUGGGGGUGGACCACUUGCAGGCAAGCAAUUUCGACGGGGUCUGCCGAGAGUUCCCCGAGGUCUUUGAUGGGUCCUUGGGGAGCUACAAGGGUCCGCCCAUCACCCUACCGAUUGACCCAAUGGUCAGGCCCAUAAGGCUUAAAGCGAGGCGCGUCCCGUUCGCCCUUAAGCCGAAAAUAGAGGCAGAACUGGACCGCCUAACGGCCCAGGGCGUCCUAGAACCGGUAACAUACGCGGAAUGGGAAACCCCCAUAGUAACGCCCGUCAAACCCAAUGGGGAGGUGAGGAUCUGCGCUGACUACAAGUGCACGAUCAAUAAGGCGCUACAAGACAACCCCUACCCAGUCCCGGUGGUCAGCCACGUCCUAGCAGCGCUAGCCGGGGCGAAGGUUUUUGGGAAGCUGGACUUAGCACAAGCAUACCAGCAACUGCCGGUCGACGCUAAGACAGCGGAGGCGCAGACGAUCGUGACCCACAGGGGCGCGUUCAGGGUUAAACGGCUGCAGUUCGGGGUCAGUGUGGCUCCGGGGAUAUUCCAGAGCAUAAUGGACUCUCUCCUUAAAGGGAUCCCCGGAGUUCAACCCUUCUUUGACGACGUUUUAAUCGCCGCCCCCAAUGAAGGAGAGUUCUGCUGCCGCCUGCGCGAGGUCCUCAGGCGGUUCCAAGCGGCGGGGCUGAGAGUCAAAAAGGAGAAAUGUGUGUUAGGGGUCCCGCGAGUGGAGUUCCUGGGGUUCGCCGUGGACGCGGCGGGGAUACACCCGACGGCGGACAAGACCAGGGCCAUAGUCCAGGCUCCUGCGCCCAAAUGCAAGGCAGAACUACAGAGUUUUUUAGGAUUGUUGAACUUUUAUCACACGUUCCUACCGCACAAAGCCGCCGUAGACCUCUUGGUCUCUAACGCGGUACUUCACCACUACGACGAAAACCUACCCCUGAUCCUAGCUUGCGACGCCUCCCCCUACGGAGUAGGAGCGGUUUUGGGGCACCAACUCCCGGACGGGAGGGAAGUGCCAGUCGCGUACUAUUCACGGACUCUAUCUCCAGCGGAGCGGAACUACGCUCAAAUUGACAAGGAGGCCUUGGCGAUCGUGGCGGGGGUGCACAAGUUCAACGACUACCUCUACGGUAGGCGUUUCACCAUCGCCACGGACCACAAGCCGCUCCUGGGCCUCCUAGCUCCAGACCGUCAGACCCCCCAAAUCCUAUCCCAGAGGGUCCUGAGGUGGAACCAGUUCCUGAACUCCUACACGUAUGAACUGGUCCACCGCCCGGGUAAAGCCAUGGGACACGCCGAUGCCCUCAGCCGCCUGCCGCUCCCCAUGACAGAACCGGAUCCCGCCCCUGCACAUGGGGUAAUGCUCAUUGAAUCGCUCCCCGAGCGCCCCCUGCACGCGGCGGAGGUGGCUCGGGCAACAGGCAGGGACCGCAUCCUGGCACGGGUCAGGGACUGGGUGGGGAGGGGGUGGCCAUCAGGCAAAGUCGAAGACGCGUUCAGGCCAUUCGCGUCCAGGAAGGACGAGCUAUCAACCCACAAGGGGUGUGUGCUUUGGGGCAGCCGGGUGGUGGUUCCCCCCUUGCGCAAGCAGGUGCUGGAAGACCUCCACGAGACCCACCCGGGCAUCGUGAGGAUGAAAGCCCUGGCCCGUAGUUAUGUGUGGUGGCCGGGCAUGGAUGAGGAGAUAGAGGACCCGGUAUACGCGAAGAACUUCGCAAGCGGUCCCGAGUGGGUCGCGGGGAGAGUCCUUAGGGUGACAGGUUCCAGGUCAUACGAGGUGACCACCGAGGGGGGCCAGGUACUAAGGCGGCACAUAAACAAGCUUGUGGUUCUCUCACCUAUCCAUGAACGCCUUGCCUCCUUGCCCCAGAAGAGACAAAAGGCUCCCUUGUACAAGUUAUUAAGAAAGCAAAAAAAGGCAUUAGAAAUCAGUACGACAGUACAAAGAGAAACAAAAGCUUUACAAAAAGAAAAUGCUGAACCAAGGGAACAGGCAUCUCUCCUAGAGCAUGAUGUUAAAGCUGCAAACCUCAAAUUUAGAGGGCUGAGGGAGGGUGCAGAAGAGAACAAUGACAUGGCUACUUUCAAGGCACACUGGCUAGCCACAGCCUUGAAACUAGAGGAUGACGUUUGUCCAAAUAUCACUGCAGCAUACCGGGCAGGAAAACGUCUGCCUAAAAGCGCCCAAUCUCCUAAUCAUCUGCCUAGGGACAUCAUAGCCACGUUCUUGGAUGACAGCAUCUGGAAGCCAGAGUAA